AUGCAGCCCGCAAGGCGUUCUAGGCAGCGCGACAUUCGAGAUAUGGCGGAUACCGUGGCGCGCUCACGGCUAGAUUACCUAUGGGCGGCAGUUGUAGCGGAGAAUGACCUCGCCUUCAAUGUAUCCAAGUCGAAGGCGCUGCAAGCCUUCGUUGACGUGGCCGUCGCCUUCGCGAAGCCGUACACACUCCCCACCCCUUACAAGGUGUCCGGCCCCCUCCUCGAAAGGCUACGGGCCGACUCCGAGGACCUUGUGCGGCCAAUUAAGGAGUCAUGGAAGACGUCCGGGUGCAGUCUCUCGGUGGACGGGUGGACGUGCCUCAAGUCCCGCGAGAUGGUGUGCGUCAUCGCCCACAACGACACCGCGCCCGUGAUUGUCGACAUCGUCGUAAUGGACAACGCCUCGAACAACCGAGCCGCGGCUAAGAAGCUUGAGGUCGACUUUCCCCAGGUUUUUUUCACCAACUGCGCGGCCCACUGCUUGGACCUCAUGCUUCACGACCUAGGCAACAUUAUGGCCGUCAAGCGCGUUUUGGAGCAAGUUCACCGGGUCGUCAUGAUGAUCAAGGGGAGCGCCUCCGCCGUCGUGCUUUUCCGCGAACUUUUCACCAAGCUUGCCUUGGUGCGGCCGGGUGCGACGCGUUUCGGAACCCAAGUCAUCAUGCUGCGCCGAUUCCUGGAGGUGAAGAAAGCUCUCCGUGCCAUGGUCAUCAACGAGGAAUGGGAAGUGGUGCCGGUGGCGCGACAGCCUGAGGGGCAGGAGGUGCGGAGGCUUCUACUGGAUGACGAGUUUUGGGAGUGUGCUACGGCGGUUCUCAACCUCCUCACGCCGGUUUAUGAAGUGUUGCGGGUUGUCGACACGCGGGCACAAAUCAUGGGCCAGGUCUAUGGCCUCAUGAUUUAUGUCUCAAUCAAAACGAGGGUAGCUGCCGAGGCUGCUGCCUCUGUUUUUGUCAAGAAGACAGGCUUGCUGCCGGCUAAGGACAAGAACACAUUCCUAGCUGCCAUCAAGACCUUCCUUGCGAAGAGAUGGGAUGGCCAGCUCCAUAACGCCCUGCAUGCCAUUGGAUGGCUCCUCAAUCCCCGCAACCAAUACGCGGGGGAGAUGAGAAAUGAUCCAGAGAUAAGGAAAGGGACCGAAGAAGUGAUUCAGGCCCGUGGGGGGGAUGUGGCUGAGCGCAUCAAGCUGUUUGCACAGCUCGCGCAGUAUCACAAGGGUGAGGGCCGCCUUGGAUCGGACGACGCUCGAUGGGCAGCCAGGAACCUGGUGGAGGGGGGGCGCAUGACGGAUGCGGAGUGGUGGGGGAUUUUCGGAGGGCAGUGCCGUCCCGAGGGCAGUACCGUCCCUCCGGCAGCAGUGGAAGAAGAGGGAGGGGUGGCUGAAGAGGAGGGAGACGAGGUGGAGUGCACAAUCGACUGGAACGAAUUUGGGAGCAUCGGUAAGAAGAAGAAGAAGAAGAAGCGGGCGGGUGAGUGCUCCAAGAGGAAGAGGAAGGAGAAGGGGAAAAGUGCAUGCAUGCGGAAGGCGAAAGGAAAGCGUGCAGAGGAGGAGGAGGAGGAGGAGGAGGAGGAGGAGGAGGAUGAGGAGGCAGAAAGCAGUGGGCAGGAGGAAGCACCCUCCAAGCAUGCUAAGGGUGUCCAGCCCUGGGACCGCAGUGAUGGUGAGAGUGGGGAGGAGGAGGAGGAGGAGGAGGAGGAGGAGGAGGAGGAGGAGGAGGAGGAGGAGGAGGAGGGGUAG